CUUAAUUCCGUCCCCUGAUACUUCUACAUGCCAAAAACUAUUUUACUUUAAAGCUAUAGCUGUUAUUAUAAAAAGAGCCUUUUUGAACUCAUUUUUACUGACCCGUUUGAAUCUCAUUCACAAAGAAACAACUACCUUUAGAAUAAGCUUGACCUAUUUUAUUUCCCUUAUAACAACGGUUUCAUUUAAUUCUUGUUAUGAUCGGCAAGCUGGACUUUUAUACUCCUUAUCUAAAGUAAUAAUGAUUCUAGUCGAUGAAGCUAUUAAUGUCUUUGUUACGGGUAGCCUACACUUGCAUUUUUUUCGUGCUCGAGCUUUAAAGACUAGUUUUGAAACUCUACCGGGAGCUAGAAUCGGCCCUGAGAAUAUGGAUCUAUUCUUUGCAGUAAUUUUUUGCAAUUUAAUGCGAGCAGUUAUUAUCUCUAUGGCAAAUAUUUUUGAUAUUUUUAGCGCUUCACUAGAAGAUCAGAACGAUAAAGAAGCCAGUUGGCUGACUGUGUAUAGCAUAUCUUCUGUUUUUUGGGUGUUUAUAUCUCAUAUAGUAACUAGUGACAUGGAAAUAGUUAAAUUUUUAAAGAAAAAGGGCCCUGGUGGCGGUAGUUCCGGUGAUUCACGUACUCCUAUGUAUAGUCAUUAA